ACCACAAGAAUGCAGCGUGUCAGCCGCUGAGUGAGGACAGAAACAGAGGGGGCUUUCUUAGCUGCUGGAAAUUAACACACAUUGCCUUGUCUGGGGAGUUGGCUGAUCUGACAAAGUAAGUUGGAGCCCAGGUGAAGGAGAGGGGCAUGUCCUCACGAAACAUUUAGAGGGAGUGGUGCUUUACAACUGAAACUACUGUGUAUCAGAAGGUAAAGGCUUUAGAAUGAAACCCCACAAGGCAAAAAAACCACAAAAAAACUGGGUUUGUUAAACGGAAAACAUUUCCACCUAAAGGCUGAAGUUUCCUUUUUUGAGCAUAUUCAACUCGCAAAACCUCCUCAAAUGUGGGCAGCAUGGAUUAAAAUAGAGCUGGAAUACAUUCAGGACUUCAAGAACACAUUUCCUGACAGACACACUUUUGAGUAAGCAGCUAGGCUAAUUCCUGAAAGUAGCCAGCACCCGUGCCAUCAAGAUCGAAACGGCCAUUUAAGGAUAUGGGCGGAGAUGAGGAAAUCUAGAUUACACUAGUAAGACUUUUUCUGAGGUGACUUGUCCAUUGAGGUUGAGUGUCCUUGGAUACUUGUGUGUUCAGAUGUCCUGCUGACAGCAAGCAGGGACUCAGCAAGACUAACACGUAAGAAACCAAUAAGUCAAGUUGGUGCAGCUUACUACCUGCAUGUUUUACUUUGCUGUGUCUACCAAAGGCUGGCGGCUUAUCAUUGUUUCAUCAAUUUAAAAGCUGAGGAUUCAUUUAUAUGACCACGCAUUGAAAUAUGGAGGACAAAGUGCUCUCGUUUUUCAAUGACUUGUGGAACAUCGCCAGCACCAAGCACAAAGAAGGGCUUUACAACACAGUCUGCCUGGUGGUGUUGCUGGCCCUGCCGUUAGUGGUGCUUGUGACCUCCCUGGUGGUGUGCUUUCACUGCUGCUGCUGCCGACGGCAGCCCUGCUGCUCCUGCUGUGGCAGCCAUGAUGGACCACCGCAUACAAAGAUGGAGGUGAAAAAGAAAAAGAACAAAAAUCGAAAAUCAGAUGACCUUUGGAUUUCUGUCAAACCAGGGCCAAUGACGCCAGAUAGGAUGGCAUUGACUAGCAUGGUCUAGCAACUGAAAACCUUGUAUGGACCCAUGUGGACCUAAGAUUUCUUUUUUUAUUUAAAAAAAGCUUUUAAUGGACUUGGACAUUCACACUUUAGCCACCUCACUUAUUGCACUCUAAGUGGAGACUUGCGCUUUGUUUCAAUGGGAAUAUCCUAGCUAGCUCCUGCUCUGUUGCAAUUUAUGUAUUCCUUAAAUUCAGUAUCACAUUCAGUCGAGGUUAUCAGUAUCACAAUCAAGGUUAUCACACUGUGUUGUAGGAAAGUGUAAUUGAUGUUUGCUGAAGGAAAUCAGUUCAAUUAUAUGAAAUCUAACCAAUUUCUUUUCAAAAUGACAUAGUCACUAAGAACCAGGAAACUGUUUAUUUAUUUUAUUUUUUUAUUGAGACCCAUGAAAAUGUUUACAUCAUCAUUUUUAAACUACUAAUGUAUUUAUAUUCAGAAUGCAUCCUAACAUUAUUCCACUCUAAAAGUGUAUUCCUGCAAUAUUGACUGAGGUACUGUACUAUAUAUAGAAAACUAAUUAAACAAAAGAAUGAUA